AUGGGUAACUAUAUUUCAUGUUGUGAAAAAAAACUUGAUGAAAUUGAUUGUACUGAAGGAUUUUUUCAAAAAAGAGAUAAAAAUGGAUUGAUUGUAAUGAAAACAAAUCCAUAUGAUGAUCAAAAACUUGGUCCAUAUGGAUUAAGAAAAAAAACUAAAAUAUUCAUGAAAUAUAAUUAUCUACAUAAUUUUAUACAAUCAUUAUUUAAUGUUAUAGACAAAAAUACAUUAAAAAAAGACAUUUUAUUAAUUUCUAGUGAUGGAAGAUAUUUCUCUGAUAAAGCUAUUCAGAUAAUUUGUGAAAUCGCUGCUGGUAAUGAAAUAAGUCAUAUAAUAAUUCCUCAUAAAGGAUUGGCAACUACAGCGUCAUGCGAUUCUAUUAUAAAAAAUAAAUAUGAAAAAAAUCUUUAUACAAAUCCUACAAAAAAAUGUUUUGCUAGUAUAAUAUUAACAGCGUCUCAUAAUGCAGGAGGGGAAAAUGGAGGUUUUGGUGUAAAAAUUAAUAGAUAUAACGAUGACACACCAGAUGGAGAAUUCAUACAGAAGUUUUACGAAGAAACAUUAAAAAUAGAUUGUAUAAAAAAGAAAAAAUUAGACAAAAUAAAGUUAGAUAAAAUAAAAGUAGACCUAGUUGAUAACGUAACCAUUGAAAUUAUUAAUCCUAUAGAAGAGUGGAUUAGUAUUAUAAAAAAUGCUUUUGAUUUUGAUUUAAUUAAAAAAUUAACAAGCAACAAAAAUUUUAUUUUUGCAUAUGAUGCAUUCCAUGGGGUAACUGGGGAAUAUGCUAAGGAAUUAUUUAUAAAUGAAUUACAAUUAAGUGAUAAUUUUUUUUUUAAUUUAGAUAACAAAAGCGAUUUCAAUAAAUUAAAACCUGAUCCAAAUUUAAUAUAUGCAAAACAGUUGGCUGAUAUAAUGAAAGUAGAUAUUCAGAAAGAGAAAAAAGAAAUGGAAAAUUUAGAAGAAAUAAAUGAAGAAAUAAAUGAAGAAAUAAAUGAAGAAAUAAAUGAAGAAGAAAAACGAAAAUUUGAUGAGAACAAAGAAAUGAAAGAUACAAGUGAAAUAAUACCAGAUUUAGCUGGUGUUUGCAGUUCUGAUGGAAGUAGAUGCAUGAUAUUAGGAAAAAAUAUUUUUGUCAAUCCUUGCGAUAACCUAGCUAUUAUUACUCAUUAUGCAGAAAAAUGUAUUCCUUUUUUUAAAAACAAUUUUUUGGGUGUAGCCAAAUCCUUCCCCACUUCUAAAGCUGUUGACAAAGUUAUAGAAAAAAUGAACAAAAAUAUUUAUGAAACACCACCAGGAUAUAAAUAUUUUAUUAAUUUAAUAAAUGAUAAUAAAAUUUCUAUUUUUGGAGAGGAAUCAUUUGGUAUAGGAAGUAGUUUAGUUAGAGAAAAAGAUGGAUUAUUUAACAUUUUAUGUUGGUUAUCUAUAUUAGCAUAUAAGAACAAUGUAGAAAAAAAUUACGACAAUUCUAAUCAUUUUAUUUCUGUAAAAGAUGUUGUUCAUGAAUUCUGGAAAGAAUAUGGAAGAUUUUAUUACAUGAGGUAUGAUUUUGAAAAUGUGGAGAUAGAAAAAUGUGAAGAAAUUUUUCAAUAUUUAAACAAAAUCGUUAAAAAUGAAUUAUCUCUUUAUGAAACUGUAAAAGAAUUAAAUACAAGUAAUCCUAAUCAUAGAAUAAAAAAAAUAGAGACUUUUGUAUAUAUUGAUGACACUUCAAAAGAAAUAUAUAAUGAUGAAGGAAUUAAAGUUACAUUUGAAAAUGAAUCUUCAAUAAUUUAUAGAAAAUCAAAAGGUGCAAUUGAAAAAAAUACUAUUAGGAUAUACUUUGAAAAAUAUGAAAAAGAAAAUAUUUUUUCAACUAAUUAUAAGAUUCUUGAAAAUUUAAUUUAUAUUGGAUUAAAAAUAUGUAAAAUAAAGGAUUUCAUAGGAACAGAAAAUCCAACUGUUGUUAUAUAA